GACUCGGCCAAACUCGCCGCACUCUCCAGAACUCGAGACCGCACAAGGCGCUGAACCGAGGUCACCAUGAGCUCCGAGAGGCGCCACGAGGGUAACGUCGAUGCGUCCUUCACCACCGUUCACAAUGUGGGCGGCGGGCACGACGAGAGCCGGCGGCUUUGCUUCAUGCAAAAGGACGGCAGGUUCCCCGUGGUGUUCCAGAAGGUCCCCAGGGACUGGAGUCCGUACCUGCUGGACAUCUUCACCACUCUGGUGGAGAUCCGCUGGCGGGUCAUGCUUCUGAUCUUCUCGCUGUCCUACGUGGUCUCCUGGAUUUUCUUUGGCCUUUGUUACUGGCUCAGCGCCUACGUGCACGGAGAUGGAGACGGAGAAGUCGCGCAUCCCUGCGUGUUGAACGUUCACGACUUCACCUCGGCGUUUCUCUUUUCCAUGGAGACCCAGGCGACCAUCGGUUACGGCUUCAGGGGCAUGACGGAGAACUGCGCGGCGGCCGUGGCGGUGGUGACCGCUCAGGAUGUCUUCAGCUGCCUACUGGACACCGUCGUCAUCGGCAUCGUCAUCGCUAAAAUGGCGUCGGCGCGGAAGAGGGCUCAGACGGUGGGCUUCAGCAGACUUGCAGUGGUCCACCGGCGAGACGGCGUCCUGUGUCUGUCCUGGCGGCUCGGAGAUUUCAGAGGGAAUCACAUCUUGGAGGGUAUUGCCCGGGCGCAGCUUGUACGGUACUCCAAACAAUCCCGAGGACCCGUGGUGAUCAAGUACCAGGAUGUGGACAUUCAGAACCCGGAUCUGGUCCUUGCCACGCCAGCCUUAGUCGUACACGAGCUGCAAGCGGGCAGCCCGCUCUACGAUAUAGGCCCCGACCAGCUUCAGGAUGAGGACUUUGAGCUUGUGGUGUCCUUCACCUACACGGGCGACUCCACUGGGAUGCUCCACCAGACGCGGACCUCCUACACGCCUGCGGAUAUCCGCUGGGCGCAACGAUUUCAGGAAGUGCUCAAAGUGGGCAAGAAGCACUACAAGGUGGACUAUUCCCUGUUUAACGAGACCACGUGGGCGGCGACGCCCAUGUUGAGCGCGGAACAGUACGACCGGACACAGAAUGGGCCUGGCCUUCUGCGCUCGGUCCCAGUGAAGCGAGGCCACCGCCGUGCGGAGGAGGCCGUGCAGCAAACCCAUUUGUAGAGAGAGCUUCGUCAGUGUAAAUAUAUUUAUAUGCCUCUAUA